AUAACCUGCCUUCCCGCGAGCCCGCGCCCAGCGACUAUUUGCGGAAGGAACGAACGGACGCGUCCACCAACCACGGCUCGCCCUUCCCCCGCCGCUGCGCCGCAGCCAUGACGCCUUAAGCUGGCGCCGCGAGGACGGGCGUGUCAGGGCGCCUGCGCGGCGGGGCGCGCAUGCGCAGAGGCGCGAGCCUGCUGACAGAUUCUCGAAGGCGGCGGCGGCGGCGGCGGCCUUGGGCCGCGGGGAAUGGGAGUCUCAGGGCCCUGACUGAGCACCGCCCCCGCCUCCCCUGCCGAGACAUGGCUCAGGAGAAGAUGGAGCUGGACCUGGAGCUGCCCGCGGGCACGGGCGCGAGCCCGGCGGAGGGCGGUGGCCCGGGCGGUGGGGGCCUCCGGAGGUCUAACAGCGCCCCCCUGAUCCACGGCCUCAGCGACUCCUCGCCGGUUUUCCAGGCCGAGGCGCCCAGCGCCAGGCGGAACAGCACGACGUUCCCCAGCCGCCACGGCCUGCUGCUCCCGGCCUCGCCGGUCCGCAUGCACAGCAGCCGCUUGCACCAGAUCAAACAGGAGGAGGGCAUGGACCUGAUCAACCGAGAGACGGUCCACGAGCGCGAGGUGCAGACCGCAAUGCAGAUAAGCCACUCCUGGGAGGAAAGUUUCAGCCUGAGUGACAACGACGUGGAGAAGUCCGCCUCCCCAAAGCGCAUCGAUUUCAUUCCGGUGUCUCCAGCACCGUCACCCACCCGGGGAAUCGGGAAGCAGUGUUUCUCACCGUCUUUGCAAAGUUUUGUGAGUAGCAACGGAUUGCCUCCAAGCCCCAUUCCCAGCCCAACCACCCGGUUUACUACCCGGCGAAGUCAGAGUCCCAUCAACUGCAUUAGACCAAGUGUUCUUGGACCAUUGAAAAGAAAAUGUGAAAUGGAAACUGAUUAUCAGCCAAAGAGAUUUUUCCAGGGCAUCACCAACAUGCUCUCUUCUGACGUUGCACAGCUGUCGGACCCGGGUGUGUGUGUGUCCUCCGAUACCCUGGAUGGGAACAGCAGCAGUGCCGGAUCUUCCUGUAACUCACCAGCGAAAGUCAGCACUACCACCGACUCUCCUGUGUCGCCUGCCCAAGCGGCCUCCCCCUUUAUCCCAGUAGAUGAACUUUCAUCUAAGUGAUUCACCCGUCUUGAUCUCCCCCUCCCCCAAUGGAGAGACAGAAUCAAGUUAGAGCAAGCACUGAACUUUGUCGAUUAAGUUGAGGCUGUUUCCUAUUUGACUUUCCCCCUUUUUUGGAAAUUCCUGAAAUGUUAUUCUAGAGAAUUUCUAUGUCAGGUUCCUGCGGACGCCCUUGAAUUCAGUGUAGUAAUAUUUUCGGACUUUUUAUCAAUAAGUGUGUUGAAGCAUACAUUUUACGCUGCUAAUAUGUCUAAAUACAUAUGUUAUCCCUUGAUUUUUUAAAUAAUUGAGAGCUCUAUUUAUUUAUGGGAUUAUUAAGUUCUGAUGAAAAUAUAAAUGUUGAAUUUCAGUUUAGUAAACUGAUGUUUUAAAAUUCCAUAGUUCAUGGCACACUAAUUUUUAAUGUUUUCAAUGAUUGCUGUUUUCCAUCUAUUGAACUUACCUACUUACAGCUUUAAACAAAAAUGUUAGUCACAUCAGUCCACUGAUUGUCUAGUUUACCCAUAGUCCUUGGAUAUUUAACGUCCUAGGCACAGAAGUGGAUGGGAGGGAAAAUAACAAAAAGAAGUAACAUUUUGCAGCAAAUAUUUUAAAAUUAAGUAUAUAAAAGUAAACAUGUAAGGACAUUUUAUAACGAAAUUUGAAUAGUAACUGUAGUAAAUCACAUCACUAUAACUACAAAAAUGAAGUUUCUUUUUUAAAACAUUUUUAACCAGAAAGUGCAUUCUCGUGGGUAUAAUCCUAAACGUUCAAUGGGAUAGUGCCUUGUAGUCUCAGCUCACUAGAUAGGCGAAGGCUAGGCUCUUGCUAACACUUCAAACUUAACAUUUGUGAAAUAUAAAUGUAUGGGAAGCCCUAUGGAGUGUUGGGAGAACACCCAGACAGACGAUAGUCUCUCAAUCAUCAAUAGACUUUAAACUAUCCAGUCAUGUCUCAAUUCUUAAAAUUCUUGCCAAUGAGAAGCCAGAGCAGCAUUUGGCUGCUGUUCUGCUCUGCCCAUCUGCCACCUUUUCCCUUGCUCAGGAAGGAAGCAGCUGGUUCCUUGCCAACAGGUACUUCCCACCCACCAAGCCAGGACGUAGUUAGACCGAGGUGCCUCCGACUUGGACUUCUGACCGUGUGAUACUUCUCUAUGGUUGGAGCUACAUUAACAGCAUUGAAAAUGUUACUUAAAGGCCGAUGUGUACAGGAGAUCAGUGGAGAAUCGCAACUGUAAAUCAUCACUUAGGUUUCCUUAAAGGUGGAAUUAUAGAGUGCUUUUCUUUUGUGAUUAAGAUAAAUAGUAAAUGGUUUUUAUAUUAUACUUUAUAAUACUUCAUCUAUCCUAGAUAGAUAAGGCAGACAGACAGACAGAUGGAAUGAAUAACAGACCAAAAGGAAAAUGUUAAAAAAAAAAAUACUUUAAGAAAGACCAUGACAAAAAUUCCUACUUACUUUUUAAAGUCAUUGCCUACAGAUUUUAAGAAUUAUAUGGAAUUUUUACAAUUAUGAGAAUAAAUGGAACUGGUCAACUCUUGGCA